UCAGCAUGGAGAGCGCGUCAUCCGCUCCAGGAGCACUGCCCUACUACGUGGCUCUCUCACAGCUGCUGGGCCUGAGCGUGGUGGCCAUGACUGGUGCGUGGCUGGGCGUGUACCGAGGCGGCAUUGCCUGGGAGAGCGCCCUGCAGUUCAACGUGCACCCCCUGUGCAUGGUCAUAGGCCUCAUCUUCCUGCAGGGAGAUGCCCUGCUGGUCUACCGCGUCUUCAGGAAGGAGCCCAAACGCACCACCAAGAUCGUGCACGGGCUGCUGCAUGUCUUUGCGUUCGUCAUCGCGCUGGUGGGCUUGGUGGCCGUGUUUGACUACCACAAGAAGAAGGGCUACCAGGACCUGUACAGCCUGCACAGCUGGUGCGGCCUCCUCGUCUUCAUCCUUUACCUGGUGCAGUGGCUCGUGGGCUUCGGCUUCUUCUUGUUCCCGGGAGCUUCGUUUUCCCUGCGGAGCCGCUACCGCCCCCAGCACGUCUUCCUGGGCGCCGCCAUCUUCCUCCUGUCCGUGGGCACCGCCCUGCUGGGCCUGAAGGAGGCGCUGCUGUUCGAGCUCGGGACCCGGUACAGCGCCUUCGUGCCCGAGGGCGUCCUGGCCAACGCGCUGGGCCUGCUGCUGGCCGGCUUCGCCGCCGUCGUGCUCUACAUCCUGACGCGCGCCGCCUGGCAGCGGCCGGCCCGGGCUGAGGAGCAGGCGCUGUCCAUGGACUUCAAGACGCUGACGGAGGGCGACAGCCCCGGCUCCCAGUGAUGCCUCGCUCCUUUCUGGGGCUCGCUUCCUCUGCUUUGCUCCCCGCAGGCCGGCCGCGCCCAUCUCGGGCACUGGGUCCAUCCCGGGCACUGGGUCCAUCCCUGGCCCUGGGCCCACGGCGAGGUUGGGUCCCCGCAGCUGCACCCCAG